GCUGGAGGGAGCACCAGGUCCUCCUGCUACAGACCUCCUCUCUGAACACCUCCUCGUCUCUGACACCAGCUGGACUUUCUCUCUGCUGUCAGCAUGUGAGGACGUGGAGCUAUCGCCUCUUCAUUUGGAGCAGCUCCUCCUCCACCAUGAGCGUCUUCUCCAGUUCGAUGGCUGGUCUGGGGUCGGAGGUGUGUGGCGACACCGCCUCCCUGGUCUCUUUGGAGUCAAGCGUUUUCCUCAGCGAGCGGACGGCGUCCUGUGUCAGCGACACACUCAACUUCUUCAUCAUCAACGUUGGCGGGAGUCGCUACAUGCUGUCGCAGGAUCUGCUGGCGUCCUACCCGGAGACCCGGCUGGGGAAACUGGCCUGCUGCAGCCGAGACUCGGCGCUGGAGCUCUGCGACGAUGCCGACUUCCUGGAGAACGAAUUCUUCUUUGACAGGAACUCCCAGGCUUUCCAGUACGUGAUGAACUACUACCAGACGGGUCACCUGCACGUCAUGGAGGAGCUGUGUGAGAUCUCCUUCCUACAGGAGAUCGAGUACUGGGGCAUCGACGAGCUCUGCAUCAAACCCUGCUGCCGUGAGCGCUACUACCGCCGCAAGGAGCAGAAGGAAAGCCUCGAGGUACAACGGGAGCUCGAUGCCGACGAUGGGGAUGAGGACUUUGCGGGCGUCGCCUGCCCAGGCACUCGCCGCCGCCUCUGGGACGUCCUUGAGAAACCCGAGUCAUCGCGUGCUGCUCGGACCUUUGGCUCGCUCUCGAUGUUCUUCGUGGUGUUGUCGGUCAUCAACAUGGUGCUCAUCUCGCUGGACUUAGGUGAGGACUUUGGAGCGGGUGGUCUCGGCAUCGGCGCUCCGCUGCUCUUCGACGCCCUGGAAUACGUGUGUGUUGUGUGGUUCACGAUCGAGCUGGUGCUUCGGUUCCUCUGCGUCAGGGACAAGUGCCGAUUCAGUCGGAGCAUUCCCAACGUGAUCGAUCUGCUCGCCAUCCUCCCGUUCUACGUGACACUGGCGGUGGAGAACCUCCACGGAGGAUCCACUGAGCUGGAGAACAUGGGCCGUGUGGUGCAGGUGCUCCGCCUCCUGAGGUCGCUCCGCAUGCUGAAGCUGGGCCGGCACUCGACAGGUUUGAAGUCUCUCGGUAUGACCAUCGCGCAGUGCUACGAGGAGGUCGGCCUUCUGCUCCUCUUCCUUGGUGUGGGCAUCUCCAUCUUCGCGACCGCAGUCUUCGCCCUGGAGCACGACCUUCCUGCCACCACCUUCACCAGCGUUCCCACCGCCUGGUGGUGGGCGACCACGUCUAUGACCACGGUGGGCUACGGGGACGUGCGGCCCGACACGGCGGUGGGUAAGGUGCUCGCCUUCCUCUGCAUCCUGUCUGGGAUCCUAAUCCUGGCGCUCCCCAUCGCCAUCAUCAACGACCGCUUCUCUGCCUGCUACUUCACCCUGAAGGUGAAGGAGGCGGCGAUACGACACGGCGAGAUGCUGAAGCGGCUGGCCCGUGGCUCGGUGGGGGAGGCGGGGCCGGGCGUGAACCUGAGGGACGCCUAUGCCCGGGGUGUGCUGGAGAUGAUGAGGCUGCACGGGCGGGAGAGGGCGAGCACUAGAAGCAGCGGGGGCGACGAGCUGUGGUGGUAGCAAGAACAGCCCCGCCCCUAUGACCUCUGACCCCUCUGAGAAACACACACACGAUGACCCCAGCAGCAGCACGCUGUACAUUCUGUGUGUCAUGUACAGUAUGUGUCCAGCAGCAGCGUGUUCCCGUUUAACUCAUGAAUUUAUUUACAAAACACAUUUUCUCUCUGAACAUUAGUCCCGCCCCCAAAAUAAAACAGGUGGCGCAGAUGUCUUCCUGAUGUGCAGUGGGUGUAACUCUGCAAGUCUGAACAAUCCUCAGAUGAGCGCACUCAGGCUUGUUCUGAUUGGCUGUUGGGUUUGUCUUACACGUCUCAGAUGUCUAACAUUAAAUCUGUGCUUUGAUCUUAAGCUACAUUCACACGUUUCCCUCAGAGGCAAUGAACCUUGUGUUCAAUCAUCAUCGUCACGAUCAAUAAAGCUUUA